GUGAGAGAGACGUCACCUGACUCCGUGUUGAGUUGAGUUUGUUCCUGACAGUUUUGAGGCUUUCUACUCGCGAUUUAAAAAACACGCAUGACAGCGAGUGAGUCGUGAUGUUGCGACCGAAGGCGUUGACGCAGGUGCUCAGCCAAGCGAACACCAACGGAGUCCAGAGUACUCUCCUACUGAACAAUGAAGGUUCCCUCCUGGCGUACUCCGGCUACGGGGACACUGAUGCGCGAGUGACGGCCGCCAUCGCCAGCAACAUCUGGGCGGCCUACGACAAGAACGGCCACCAGGCCUUCAACGAAGACACGCUCAAGUUCAUCCUCAUGGACUGUAUGGAGGGGAGGGUGGCCAUCACUCGUGUAGCCAACCUGCUGCUGUGUAUGUACGCCAAGGAGACGGUGGGCUUCGGGAUGCUCAAAGCCAAGGCCGAGGCGCUGGUGAAGUACCUGGAGGAACCCUUAACCCAAGUGGCGGCGUCGUAGUGGAGAAGAUUCUGGCUGUCUGAGGGGGGGGGGGGGGGGGGGUAUUUAUAAUCAUGGUAUUGAAACUAAUAACUCGUGUGUGCUUUUUUAACACUUUGUGUUCUGGUGGUUCAGCAAGUCCACAUGAUUUAUCCAGAGGACGUCUGAGUGUCUCCAUUAUUCACCCGAUGACUCAUUCAGUUUGAGUUUCAGGACUCAAAUGGUUUGUGGGAAAACGUCCGUCUGAUCCAACGCAGCGAAGAUCAUUUGCUUUACAUUUUAGUUUGAAAAGCUGUCAAAUAAAAGACAUUUGGGUUCAUAUACAUUA